AUGUAUUGGACUUUUAGUAUUGAGUAUAAUUUCUGUCAGGUGGCCUUGAAAAGGCAGCAAGCGGCCGAAGAUAAAAUAGCAUUACAUUUAGCGUCUGUUGAAAGCGGAACACCUUUGGAAUCAUUGCCGCCAGGGCGAAUCUAUGGGAUGCGAGUAACAGGACCCUGUCCGAGUCCUGGACCUGAACCCGAUUCAGCGCUCGAGGAUCAAACUCCUAUUCAUAUCGACAGCGAGACCAGUGACUCCAUGCCCGACUGUUGCAGCGCUUCACCUGAUUCUGCUGGCAAUGUCGCCUUAGUUUCAAGGGCAUGUAACAGUGAUGGAAACGAAGAAAUGCCAGAUGGUGAAAACGCAGUAAGUACGGCAGGGCUGGAAAUGCUAAGGAAACUCUUUCCUGGAAAAAAACGCUCAGUACUAGAGUUAGUUCUCCGACGCUGUAACCAUGACCUGCUUCGAGCUGUUGAGCAUUGUAACGCUAUUCAUGGACAACAUGAAAGGACUUUGUCAAGUGGAGGUUCUUCUAGUGCAAGUUUCGAAGCCUCAGUAUCGAGCACGGAAGAAAUAGAAUCAAGAUGGUCAGCAUUUAGACCAGUGGGCCCAAGAGCGCCGCUCUUACCAGCACUCGUCAUGGGACGAGUCUGUGGUUCCGAAUGGCUGGUGCCGCUUCCCGCGUUACCGGCUUUGUCCACACCAUUACUACUGCCGUUUCAGCAUCCACACGGUCCGCCAGUUCCUUGUAAUCCAUGCUCUCCAGAUUGCCGACAAUCUUUUUUAAUAUCUUUAUACGUCAUAUGUGAUAUUAAUUACGUCUUGCGAACAUUGUUUACUGUUUGGAGUAGUAGAAUAUGGCGACAGGUAAAUUGUAGCCUUAGUGACGUUACGACUAUAUAUGGUCUUUGUACAUUACAGGAUUGUGACAUUUUCUUUAAAAGUUUACGUUUAGCGAGACUGCUUCGCGAACUGGAUUUUGCACGUUACCAUUUCUAUGACCAGACUGGCGUAUACCUACGUAGUCAACUGCUAAACUUCGAUUCACUUCAAGGUUCUACUCUUACAAUUACAUCAGCGCCAAUUCCAUUGUUUGCAUUGUACAAAAUUAAUACUAAGUUGGUGUAUUGGGAUGAUCGAUCGCUAUUUUUGGAACACGAAGUGGUGACGCUCAGUGACAACAAAGUGCGCUCGCUGCUAGUGUCACGUCAAUAUGCAAUUGGGAAAGAAGGAGGACCGACGAUUGACGUUCUUUUGAAAGGAUUACCUGGAUCGCAGAAGAAGCCCACAUGUCCUUUGUAUAUAAAAAAUUGGUUGCACAGCAUGCAAAUAACCACGUCAAUAGUUGCGUUAGCAUAUAUAUUCUGGGAUGUCAACUAUUUUUUAAGAGUUGCCUUUACAAUCCUAAUGGGCAGGUUGUAUCAAAAGAAGUGUGGAAUCAAUGACACUACAACAAUUUAUGGAUUUUGCACAACACAAGAUGUGGAUAUAUUUUUGAAGCAUAUGAAUAAUGCUCGUUACGUUCGAGAGCUCGACUUCGCUAGGUUUCACUUCUAUGAUAGAACAGGAAUCUAUGCUAACAUAAAAGCAGCAAAAGGACAUGUACUGCAAGGCGCUUCUAGUAUUCGUUACAGAAGAACCAUUCCAAUAUUUUCAGCAUAUAAAGUAGAGACAAAGCUGGUGUACUGGGAUGACAAAACGCUUUUUAUUGAACAAAAGUUUAUUACAACAAGUGAUGGAUUUGUGCGAGCUAUUGUAUUGUCUCGACAAAACCUUUUAGAUGUCGAUUCAGAAAGACUCUUUAAAGGUAUUCCUGGAGCAGACGCAAAACCAGAAUGCCCCGAAGAAAUCCAACACUGGCUUCAAGCUAUAGAAAUAUCUAGUGCGCGAUUGAGGAAGAAGGAUUAA